AUGGUUCAGGGCAUCGGCGUCACCGAGGCCAACCCCCCGAUCCUUCGGGCGCUGGCGCAGCGGGGGGCCGCGUGGAACGCACGCGGCCUCGACUGGAACAUCGGGGGUGGCUGGAACGCCGACGGCCAGAGCAUCAACAUUGGCGACUGGGCCGUCGGCGAGGCAGGUACACCCGAUGAGGUCUUGCAGCAGCUCUGGGAUUCCGUUCUGCAGGGUUUUGACUACGAGAUCGCAGGCAGGCACGACAAAGUUGGCCCUGGAGCCAACCGCUUCGUCGGGCACCACGGCCCCCCCAAGGUGAAGUGGCGGCAGUUGCGGUGGGAUCCACCUCGCAAGCGGCUGUACCACGACACCACAGUCUGGGCUUGGGCUACUGCGGCACGCUGGGCGACUCACCUUCGUGCUGAGCGUGAUCGGGCCCAGCGUUUUUGUCACCGGUUGAAUGCGGUGGCGGCGCAUGCGUCUCCACAUCCCAGGCAGCUGCAGAAGACGGCUAGUGUCUUCGACGGCAACCUCUGCUUCCUGAGCUCCAUUGCUGGGCAGGACAAAGUCCUCGCCAACAUCGACCCCUGCUACAGCCAGUCCUUCCUGCGCGGGCUGGACGGGCCGAUUGCGGAGGAUUUUGAUGACAUGGUAGAUGCCACCGUGGGCCGCGCGGAGGACCUCACUGCUGCGGCUCGCGGCGCGUCGGAGAGAGCCUGGCGCAGCUGGGCUCAGGCGGCCUUCAAUGGGGGAUCGAAGGCUGCCCAUGCUGCAUCCAAGGUCAGGGCGCAGCAAGAGCUCGUUGCACCUGAGGCCGACGCCCAGCCACACAUCCUCGCGGACCGCACAAUGGACGG